CCACGAGCCACCUUAAAUACUCCAGCUUCACCUUCCUUUCCCUCGACACUGAUCUUGAUAGACAACUGAUUGCAUCGUCGAGAUCAUCAUCGAAUUCAUCAUGGCUGCUAUACCAGUGGUUGUGAAACAUCAGGGCAAGAAGUACGAUGUUGAGGUCGACCCUACUUCCAACGGCGAGACCUUCAAGUAUCAGCUCUUCUCUAUGACUGGUGUCGAGCCAGACCGACAGAAAAUCCUCGUCAAAGGUGGCCAACUCAAGGAUGACGCCGAUAUGUCCAAGCUCGGUCUUAAGCCCAAACAAACCAUCAUGAUGAUGGGUACGCCCUCCGGAGACAUGAGCAAUAUCAUCGAGAGACCCAAGGAGAAGAUUAGAUUCUUGGAGGACAUGACCGAGGCCGAAGCUGCGCAGGCUGAGGGUGCUACUCCAUCAGGUCUACAGAACUUAGGCAAUACUUGCUAUAUGAACUCUACCCUACAAACUUUGAGAUCUAUUCCAGAGCUUCAGGAAGAGCUUCUCCGGUAUUCCGCAAGCAACGCCGGAUCAAGCUCCGUCAACCAACUUAGCCAGUUUGGGCUCGGCGGCCUCGGUGCGUCGAUGGAUCUCACUGGUUCCCUCCGCGACUUGUUCAAGCAGAUGUCCGAGACUCAGCAAGGUUUCCCGCCGCUCAUGUUCCUCAACGCCCUUCGAACGGCUUUCCCACAAUUCGCACAGAAAGCAAAGGAUGGAAACGGCUAUGCACAACAAGAUGCCGAAGAAGCAUGGUCACAGAUUGUUUCUCAGCUUCGCCAGAAACUCAAGAUCAAAGAUAGUGACUCGGCUGAUGAUAAAGCACGAGACGUAUCCUUCAUCGACAGAUACAUGUCCGGAAGGUUUGAGUCUGUGAUGGAGUGCGAUGAGCCUGCGGCGAAAGAAGGGGGAGAAGAGCCUGUCCACAGCGAAGACACAUUUUUCAAGCUCAAUUGUCACAUCAAUGUUGAGACCAACCAUCUUCGCGAUGGCUUAACGGCGGGUCUGAAAGAACAGAUCGAGAAACGAUCAGAGGUCUUAGGAAGGGAUGCACUCUAUACUAAGACGUCGCGCAUAGCGCGUCUUCCGAAAUAUCUGCCGGUUCAUUUUGUUCGAUUUGACUGGAGAAGAGACACAAACAAGAAGGCGAAGAUCAUGCGGAAAGUCACGUUCCCCAAAGAAUUGGAUGUGGUCGAGUUCUGCACGGAAGACUUGAAGAAUCUGUUGAUUCCCGUUCGAGACAAGAUUCGAGAUAUCAGGAAAGAAGAGGAGGAUGUCGAGCGGGCACGCAAACGACAAAAGCGCAUCCGUGCUGGCGAAGAGAAUGACACUCCCGCCAGCAGCACCAAAGAACCUCUACAGAAGAAGAAGGAGGCUGAAGAGAAGAAGGCCGCCGGUGCCAAAGCUGCCGAGGAUACUGAGAUGCCAGACGUUGAGUACAAAACGGAGGCACAGAUUGAGGCCGAGCGAGCAGCAUCUAUUCUUGCCGCCAAGAAGGAGCUUCUGGCCCUUGUCGAUCCCAAGCUAUCUUCUGAUAUCGGUGCCAAUCAGACUGGGCUCUAUGAACUCCGUGGCGUCAUCACUCAUCAGGGUGCCAGCGCUGACAGUGGACAUUACACCUCCUUUGUCAAGAAAGAUGCGCCAAAGGACCCAUCCUCGGGAAAGCGCAAGGAAGAAGAUGGGAAAUGGUGGUGGUUUAAUGACGAUAAGGUCUCUGAGGUCGAGGCUGAGAGAAUUGAGACCUUGGCUGGUGGAGGACAAAGUCAUUCGGCACUGAUCCUCCUGUACCGUGCCGUUCCCUUGGCCGAGAUCGAGGCCGACGAGCAGAUGCAAGAGUAGAUAUAGAUACCCCCUCCUAGACAAGGGUGUUUCACACACUUGGAGUACUUUGGAACACAUGCAACCUUGGGCAAAAGAUUGUAUGCGAUGUAUUGCAUGGGUAUUGCAUGGGUAUUGCAUGGGUAUUGCAUUUGCAUAGGUCGAUGCGGAGUAAAAUCCAUUAGAUCACCAAUCUAGAUCCCUCAAAAAUGCAGCGUCACUGGCAUUCGGGAAGUCCUACCUGCAAGCUACCAUUGAGUAACUUUUGCAUGAACAUUUGUGUGAAUCUGUCGCGUCUCCAUUUCUAACGUUCUUUUGGCC